UGUUCGUGUGUUUACGUCCUCAUUAACAUUCCUCUCUUGUUCGUGAUGCUGAAAAGAGCUCCAGUGACUGACGGAAAGAAGUGCGUCGCCCUUGCGUGUGAGCGGAGGUACCGAUUCAGUGGGACGGUACCGCAAAGGAGGAGAAAGACAAAUCUGCAUUUCCAUUCAUUCACUGGGACUGGAGCCACGAUCCUUUUCCCCCCGAAUACCCGUCAGCUGCAAACGAGAGCUGGUUUAUUUUGCUGUUACACCUUCAAUAUGAAUAGGAACUAAAAAAAGAACGAUUGGCGUUGAUAAAGGGGGAUUAUUUGGAUGUGGUCACAUUCUGUAUGGAAAUGCAAAAGAGUAUGAAUUUAUUAGCUUUUUUACUUCUUAUUUCAUGGGGACUGGCGUUUGGGGGAUCUCCCAGCGUGCAAAUAGGGGGUUUAUUUCCGAGGGGUGCCGAUCAGGAAUACAGUGCAUUUCGUAUAGGCAUGGUCCAGUUCGGCACGUCUGAGUUUAGGCUGACGCCCCAUAUCGACAAUCUGGAAGUGGCAAACAGCUUUGCUGUCACCAAUUGUUUUUGUUCCCAGUUCUCAAGAGGAGUCUAUGCCAUUUUUGGAUUUUAUGAUAAGAAGUCUGUGAACACGAUAACGUCAUUUUGCUCGAUGCUGCACGUCUCGUUUAUAACACCGAGCUUCCCUGCGGAUGGAUUGCAACAGUUUAUUUUACAAAUGCGGCCGGACAUCAAGGGACCGCUUCUUAGUCUGAUUGAGUACUAUAAGUGGGACAAGUUUGCCUAUCUCUAUGACAGCGACAGAGGUUUAUCUACACUUCAGGUCGUGCUGGACACAGCCGCUGAGAAGAAGUGGCAGGUGACCGCGAUCAAUGUGGGUAACCUUAAGGACGAAAAGAAGGAUGAAGCUUACCGCUCACUCUUCCAAGACCUGGAAAACAAGAAAGAAAGGAGAGUCAUCUUAGACUGUGAGCAAGAUAAAGUGAAAGACAUCAUGGAGCAGGUCAUCACGAUUGGUAGACACGUCAAAGGAUAUCACUACAUAAUUGCAAAUUUGGGCUUCGUUGAUGGUGAUUUAUCGAAAAUCCAGUAUGGCGGCGCAAAUGUGUCUGGAUUUCAGAUUGUCGACUUUGAUGACCCUCUGGUAGCCAAGUUUGACCAGCGAUGGGAGGCGUUAGAGGAGAAGGAGUACCCUGGAGCUGACAGUAAAAUUAGAUACACCUCCGCGCUGACCUACGACGCUGUGCAGGUGAUGACGGAGGCGUUCCGCUACCUGUACAAACAGAGAAUUGACAUCAUCCGCAGGGGCAACAACGGGGACUGCCUGGCAAACCCUGCUGUGCCUUGGGCGCAAGGAGUGGAGAUAGAGAGGGCGCUUAAGCAGGUCCGUGUAGAUGGCCUUACGGGAAACAUACAGUUUGAUCAAUACGGCAGGAGGAUCAACUACACUGUUAAUAUCAUGGAACUAAAAAACAGCGGUCCCGUUAAGAUCGGAUAUUGGAAUGAGGUUGACAAAAUGGCUGUGACAAAAUCAGAUAUCUUCCCAAAUGACUCAAUGAUAAUGGAAAAUAAGACAGUCAUAGUGACCACAAUUUUGGAAGCUCCGUAUGUGAUGCUUAAGAAGAAUUCAGACCUCUUUGUAGACAAUGACAGAUAUGAAGGCUAUUGCGUUGAUCUGGCUGCAGAAAUAGCUAAGCACUGUGGGUUCAAAUACCAGCUGAAGAUAGUUGGUGACGGAAAGUAUGGAGCCAGAGACGCGGAGACUAAAAUUUGGAACGGAAUGGUGGGAGAGUUAGUAUAUGGGAAAGCUGAUAUAGCAGUGGCUCCCCUAACUAUAACCCUGGUACGUGAGGAAGUGAUCGACUUCUCUAAGCCGUUCAUGAGUCUGGGGAUCUCCAUCAUGAUCAAAAAGCCCCAGAAAUCCAAACCGGGGGUGUUCUCCUUCCUGGACCCCUUGGCCUACGAGAUCUGGAUGUGCAUCGUGUUCGCCUACAUCGGCGUCAGCGUGGUCCUCUUUCUGGUCAGCCGUUUCAGCCCCUACGAGUGGCACACGGAGGAGUACGAGGACGGGCAGAUACAGACCACCGAGUCCACUAACGAAUUCGGGAUAUUUAAUAGUCUCUGGUUUUCUCUUGGUGCCUUUAUGCAGCAGGGAUGCGAUAUUUCGCCAAGAUCCCUCUCAGGUCGCAUUGUGGGCGGGGUGUGGUGGUUCUUUACGUUGAUCAUAAUAUCAUCCUACACGGCAAACCUGGCUGCCUUCUUGACUGUCGAGAGGAUGGUGUCCCCUAUUGAAGGGGCAGAGGACCUGGCUAAGCAAACAGAGAUUGCUUAUGGCACUCUGGACUCCGGCUCAACAAAAGAAUUUUUCAGGCGGUCUAAAAUCGCGCUGUUCGAUAAAAUGUGGCAGUACAUGAAAAGCGCCGAGCCCUCCGUGUUUGUGAAGAAAACGGCGGAGGGGGUGCUCCGCGUGCGCAAGUCCAAAGGGAAGUACGCCUACCUGCUGGA